AUGCUAGAUUCGAGUGCUCAUGACUACUUCUCAACGGUUCCGGUGGAUCUAAAUUUUGCCUCGCCGAUUCAGUCAUAUGCAAAUACUACAUGUUCCUCCGAAUUCUUCCCAGAGUUCCCAUUGAGAGGGCCUCGCAGGAGCUUGGCUGCAGAUACUUGUGUCACCAACCAGUCCGAUCAACACUUCCGGUCAGAUACAACUUCUCUUUCUACCCAAGAUCUGGGAACAAACGACAUAGCCACGUCAAACGUUUCUAGUGCGGCUGGAUUACCCCUACCGCAUAAGCAGCUAUUCCAAGAACUCGGAAAUUACCAGAGUCAGACCUUGUCUCAGCAGCCAGAAGGCAUCAAGAUGGCGCUGCAGUUGAUGGGACAGCUCUGUUGUCAAGAGGAAAACCCUUCGUACCCUGAUGUCUCUUCUUCAGAGCUUGAGUCUCAAGCGAAUGCACUUGUGGACGAAAGCAAAGCGGUAGUAGAAACCGUCAAUGAAAUGCUACAGUGUCCCGGCUCCGAAGACGGUUAUUUUCUGGUAGUCGUCUGUUUAGUCAUCUCCAAGGUGCUGAACGCUUACGCCAAGGCAACCCAAGCCCUGAGUGCUCGUGAAAGAGACGCACAGAGAAAUCUAGGCUCAUCAGCAUCAUCCGUCCUAUCCCUUUGGUCAGCUCCUGGAACAGAGUCUGCCUCCAGUGCGUCACCGACGAUCAAUGGAAGAGAUCCCAAAGUUGCUCAGCAGUUGCUAGACGACCUCUAUCAAGUGAGAACAUCAAUGAAUAACCUAGGUGCUAAGAUUAUAUUCGUCUGCUCAAAACGGGACUGGCUUUUGGGUAGCGAUAUCACCCCUUCGGGUCACGACCUUGCUAUCCCGUCAUUUCCGUUUUCAGCAGCAGUUCUAAACCAGCUACACGAUGAACUACAGAGGCGUCUGAGCGCCAUAUCUCUACGAUUGAUUAAUGAGUUGAAGCAGUCAUGGGCGCAAUAA